AUCAAAAACCGACAAACCGAAGAAACGGAAGUGAUGCUGAACUUGUUGUCUGUCGUUCUUUGCGUCUCUGGCGUUUUUUCUAUCUCUGAGCCAGGUAUCUGGAAAGUCAAUUAUGACAGGAGUCAUGAUUUGUAUGGUUUCCAUAAAAGCAUGUACAGUGGGACCAAAAUAGCUGUAAAAAUCAACUGUAAACAUGCUGCAAAGAAAGAGGAGAAAAAGAAGCUUAACAUUAAGUGGCUGUUGCGCUAUUCACCAUGCGCAAACGAGUAUCACGGAGCAGAAAAUGAUUUGAAUGUAUUACUUAGCUACUUAGAUUUCCCUGCUUUUCUACCUCUUGAGGGGUUAAACUAUCCAACCGCUGAAUUCAUGAGAAAUGUAACUCAGCAUGACUGUGGAAACACCAUCUUUUGGCUGCCAUUUCAAAACUCCACUUUACAAACAGCUCCUACACCAACACCAACAAAAAGUAAUAGUACAGAUCAGGAACAAUCAGAUGCUCAAAAGAAAUCCAAACGAGAGUUAGUGAAACCAGGAGUUCCUGCACAGAUAUUGCAGAAUGUAACUACACCCUCUACUCAAAAAGGACCCACUCAGCAAAUAGGCCAGAAGAAUCGGCCAAAGUUUCAGGAGAGCUGGAGGGAUGGCUACUUCAUCUUCAUCAUGCAGAUCUCAUCCUUAAAUGAAAAUGACACUUUUGAAGCAGAAGUUGAGGUGGAGAUGUAUGGAUCCUAUGGAUAUAUAUCAGCAGUAGAUAUGCCUCUCUUAGUGUUCUAUGGAGUGAUGGGGAUAGUGUACAUCAUCUUUGGACUGGUCUGGCUUGUCUUGUUAGCUUGCAGCUGGAAGGACCUCUUGAGGAUUCAGUUCUGGAUUGGUGCAGUGGUAGUUCUGGGCAUGCUGGAGAAGGCUGUGUUUUAUGCAGAAUAUCAAAGUAUCGCUUCCCAAGGCCACUCAGUGAGAGGAGCUGUGAUCUUUGCAGAGCUUGUGUCCUGUUUCAAGCGAGCUCUAGCCAGAAUCCUCAUCAUCAUUGUCAGUCUGGGAUUUGGAAUUGUUAAACCUCGACUUGGCACCACUUUCCACAAAGUGAUUGGAGUGGGAACCCUCUACUUUAUCUUUGCUUCAAUUGAGGGAUGUACAAGACAACUCAAGCCUAUGGGAGACAACUCCAAAGAAGGGAUGUUGAUCCUGAUCCCUCUGGCCGUCACCGAUGCCUCCAUUGUGUGGUGGAUCUUCUCCAGCCUGAUCCAGACGACUCGUACAUUGCGCCUCCGCCGUAAUGUGGUCAAGCUAUCCCUGUACCGACAUUUUACCAAUACUCUGAUUUUCGCCGUUCUAGCAUCCAUUGCUUUUAUUGCUUGGUCGUUUCCUCAACAUCAGUUCAAAUCCUGCUUAACGGACUGGAGGGAACUGUGGGUGGACAGUGCGUUCUGGCAUCUUCUGUUCUCUGUGAUACUGUGUGUCAUCAUGGUUCUAUGGAGGCCCUCCGCUAACAACCAGAGGUAUGCAUUCUCUCCUUUGUUGGAUGCUGCUGAUGAAGAAGAGGAAGAAAACUUGAUUAGUGAUGCCUUUGAUGGAAUGAAAAUGCGAGGGGUGAAGGGAGCAGCCAAUGGAAAUGCCAAGAGUCGCAAUAGCGUGGAUGAUGACCUUAAAUGGGUGGAGGAAAAUAUUCCAACAUCCCUCACUGACAAGGCUCUUCCCAGUCUUUUAGAUUCGGAUGAGGAAAUGAUGACAACAAGAUAUGAAGUCAACAAGAUGCAGUGAUUCUGCGCAACUUACAAUUAAUGGUUUUGUGUUAAGAGUUUGAGUGACACUGAAUUUACCAAGUUCAGCUUUGAACUGGGAUCCUAACUAUGUAGUGUGUGAGGGCUUGCUUUACUGAGUUUGCAAUUGAUCAUAUACAUGUAUAAAUGAAGUCUCAAGUGUUUAAAGUAUUUAUUCUUAUUGUGCAUUUGUAGUGAAGAGACAGAAUGAUGUACAUGCAUUUGUAGUUUAUAAUAUUCUUACUUGUUCGAAUACUGCAAACUUUUGGUGGGACUUUUGAAGGGAUAUUAUUUCAUUUAACAAUUGUGGGUAAUUACAUGUAUUAUUGAAUAAAUUUAUUACUGACACUGUAUAUAUGACAUACAUGAGUGUAAGUUAAAAUUGCAACAAUAUCAGAUAAGAAUAUUCUUUUAAUUUUAAGAAUAGAAAAUGAUACAAUUUAUAAUUAUUUGAAAUUUUGUGUACAAAGAAACACUACAUGUAUGUUAAGUUUAUGUAGAUGUUGAUUCUUGAAAAAAAAGCAAUCCAAGUAUGGAUGCAAUCAAAUUUAUGUGAACUUGUUUGUUUGUUAUAUCCAUUUCUUUGAACAUUUUACACCAUUUUAAUGCAGUUGUAAAUAUUUAAUUCAAGUAUGAAAUGGUUGUUAUAUUGCAUAAACAGGUACGUUGUGUUGGGAUACCUUCAAAAACUAAUUACCGGUAAACACUUGUUCUGCUAAUUGCAUCAACUUGUAUUAAAGGGAUAGAAAUUGUUUAUACAUGUAAUGCACUUAAGGGAAUUUUUAAUUUUGCUUAAAUUGUAAACAUAAAAGCUUUAGCUUGUACAUUCAUAUUGCCUAUUUUGAUCAGUGCUAUUUAUUGUAAUCAUAAACUACUGGCAGUGAUACACCUUACUCAAUAUUCAUUGUUUCUAAAGUAACAUAAAAAAUACAGUAAGCCAUUCAUGUGAAUUGAAAACGGAUGGACUGGUUGUGGAAUAGUUUAAUGAUAACUGUCGAGUUUUAAUUUUUGACCUUUCACAUGUAUUUCCAAUGGUCAAAUUCUUUAAAUGAUAUGGUGUUAUGUUUUGAUUGCAUUCCAUUCAUUUUUUAUCGAAUACACUUUUCAUUGUUUGAUAACAACCUGAUCUGACAGUAAACUUACCUACAAAUUUGGAGGCUAAUUUACCGGUACUUGAUAGUUUAGAUAUUAUUUAUAUCUAAUUCUGUUUUUCUGUCCUGGAUUAUAAGAGAUAUUGUAAACCAGCUUUAUCGGUAUAUUGCAACUACUUUGCUUUUAGAAUGUCCAAGGUCAAAGUAGUGUCUGAUGACAACUUCUCCCAUUUUACAUUAAAAUAUUUUGAUGUACUGGUAUAAUGCAUUUAAAUUUUCUUAACAAAAAGGGCUCCUUGAUGAAAGGAUUCCACAAAAGUUGCAAAUAAUUCUUAGUUGGUUUACAGUUUAUUCUUCAAUCUUUAUAUUUAUUGUCGGAAUCAUCUUUUUAUUUUGUUCUUUGAAUUACAUAUAUUAUUAUUUAUCAUGUAGUGUAAAUGAAACUACUCAUUCAACAAUAUUUUUUCUCUUAAAAAUUAAAGUUCAUUAAAGGAUAUUGAAAAUCA